UCUGUAUGUUGGUACCAUCUAUCUCGUCUGUGGUUAAUAUGCUUGUUAUGGUAGUAUUGAAGCGUCGUAGCAAAGCCAACCAAUCAGAAAUAAUCGCUCAAUUUUAAAUUUAUUUCAGGAGGGGGAUUUGGUCGUGCCGCCAUAUUGUAUCAGGCUGUGAGUGCAUGAAGUGAAAAUUUCACUGUUUGUGGUGUAAAUUCCCUGUCUGGAUAUUCGGAUUGAAUUUUUCCCUGGCAAGCAAGCAUGGGUGCUAAGCAGAGCAAGCGCUCGGUGGACAUCAGCGGGAAGGAGGCGGAGGGCGCGGGCGAGGUGGCGGCCGCGGGCGCCGGCGGCGAGGGCCGCAUGGAGCCCCUGGCCGACGCCGAUGCGCUCAAACCGCAGCUCAACGGGGACGCACACAUUCACGAGCAAACAGAUAAAGAAAAACAGCUUGACAUUGGCACACCUGAAAACGAGAAAGAUGCUACCACAGAGAAGGAAGAAAAGCAAGAAGAUAGCGAACAGAAGGAAAUCAUAACCAACGGCGACAACAGCGAACAAAAAACUGAAAACGACGAGUCAGCUCCAACUCCAGAGGAAUCAAAGAAACCGAAAAAAGAAAAGGUAAAGAAGAAAUGGUCGCUUAGGUCAAUCAGCUUCAGCAGAAAAGACAAACCAAAACAGGAGAAGAAACAAAAAGAAGAGGAACCCAAGCUGAAUGGAGAUACCGAAAAAGUACCAGAAGAGGCUGCCGAAGUAACUGCUGAAACAGUGAAGAAUGAGGACACAGAGGUAAAACCUAAUGCCGAAAUUAAAGAAGAAAAGACUCCGGAAACUCCAGUGACGGAACCUAUUACAAAUGGCAGCAACACACCCGAAACUCCUAAAGAGGAAGUUGUAGUUAAAGAGGCCCCCGUCACGAGUGUCGAGUCUGAUAAACCUGAAACGAAAACAGAACCGGAACCCGAGAAACUGCCUAUUAAUGGACUUUCUAUAGAGGAACCCAUUAAGGAAGAGCCUGAAAUUCCAAAAAUUGAAGAAAGCCAACCAAAGGAAUCUUCUGCUGAACCAACUGAAACAGUGCCAGCCGUUGAAAUUCCUGUUCAAAACGAGGUUUGUGUUGAACAAAUGCCUUUGAUAGAAUCCACGCCUCCACCACUUCCCGCGAAUCCCCCUCCCUCUUCAGUGGCAACUUUCGCCGCUACUACCAUGGCACCAGAUUUGACAGAUGCUUCGCUAGCUAACACCGCUCAAACCGCAAUAUCAACACCGCCCACUCUAGAUACUAAAGCCGAGCUACCCAAAGAGUGCCUUUCUGAAUCAUCCCAUACAGUUUUAACCAAUAAUGAAUCUGAUAUUCACGUUCCCUCCUCAACAAAAACAAGCCAGGAAGAAGUCAAUGCGACGACCGUCGGCGUUGAGGAAAUCCUCGAAACACCCAUUCCUGUCGAACAAGAAGCCGAUUCGGAAGUAAAAAAGGACGAAUCAGACAUUAAAGAUGUCGACGAAAAUAUCAAAAUGGAAGUAGAAUUGAACGGUUCUGAACCGGAAAUACCCGAAACACCCGUCCUACCAGAGUCUCCCACUCUACCGGAGACUUUGGACUCGGACACGUCCGAUACUACUGGAGAUCUGCCACCGCCGCCUCCGCCGGAGGACGCGGACGACGACACGCUGAACGACGACGUCGCAAUCGAAAAAAUCGAGCCCCCAACUAUCGACGAACUGCAGGAAGCCAACAACGUGGUCGAUGCGCACAUUUCCAACAGGGACGUCUCCGAAACCAACGGUAUCGAUAAAGAAGAAAAGAUGAACGGAAAUCUGGAGACGCAGCUGAAAGCGAUGAACGUUGUCGUACUUGAAAAUGCAAUGGUUGAGUGCAACGGCAACACGCUGGAAGAGUGUGAGGCGGAAGAGUCGCAGCCGGCGCGCGCGUCUGCGUCGCCGCCGCCAGCCAGCCAGGAACCUGUUGCGGUGUCAGAUAAAAUGGCUGACUUAAUCCCCGAAGUUCCCGUAGUGCCAGUCUUAAACACUGAAACGUUACAGGAGACGAGCGACGCGGUGGUGGCCAAUUAGGCACAUUUCCGACUCGGCCGGCACAACGAUUGUGUCUUUGAAAAUGAGCCUUUAAUUUAUUUCUGUUAGUGCUAUGGUCUGAUGUCGAACCUAGUUCGAUUGUCCAUUGUAUCACUGUCAAAGAUGUGGAUUUCGGUUCCCAAUGUGACUCCAUACUGAAUAAAUAGUAUAAGUUUAGUGUGCUUUGCUUUUGUAAAAUUAGGACUUUAUACAUUUUAUUCGCUAGGAUCGAGUUUUUUUUAAAUAAUUAUUAUAUUCAAUUAAAAGUUAUAUAGACAGUAUACGGUGCGAUAAGUUGGUGCCAUUAUUACAGGGGUUAGUUUGUCGUCAGCGCGUUGUACUCGCUCACAUAAAUUUACAUGGAAACAUACUUUUUGGAAUCAUGAGAAUAAGUCAAAUGUGACUGUAAUCCCUAAAACUAUAAUCUCAUUUUGUGUCAUUAAUUAUUAGCUUAUCCUGAAUACUUUUUCGCAUUGAUUGUUGCAUUUUACGGCAUACCUAUAAGUUGUGAACUUGAUCCCAAAAAGCGAAAAAGUAUUAUUAAUUAAAUUUAAUAGCCAAAUUGUUGAAAACGUACGAUAAGUGCAGAAUAGUUGUAAACGCGCACGUAAGGUUUACUCAAAGACAAAAUUUGUGUAAAGCUAAUAAUAAAAUCAAUCGAAGGCCAAUAAAUUACUUUGAUAAGUACCUCUGAGCGAUGAUACGAUUAUUGGAUGUAGAAGAGACGUAUUAUAAUGUAUAUAUGAAUAAUUGAUUUUCCAUAUAUUUGUUAUUUUUAUGUCAAGUAAAUUGAAGUUAAAAUUACGUACAGUGUAAAUUGUUAAGAUUGAAGUAAUGAAUUCAGUUAAUCUCAUUAUGUUAUUAUCACUUUAUGUGCUUAUACGAUAUUCAACAUUUAUAAUAAGUUGUAUAAAUUUAGUUUGUAUUCGUAUACAUACUGGCUCUCUUAAUGAACUUCUAAAACACAGUUUAAUUAUUGGUAAGUGAUUAAGUACGCCUAAGUGAGACGUUACAUAUUUUAAACACGUUCUAAAUUGUUCAAGUAUUAAUAUUGUCGUAGUGAUAAUUGAGGAAUGAUUAGACUAUGAAUUCAUAAAUUUUGGAUAUAAAUAUUCAGUGGCCAAGUUUUUUUACAUUAUACAAUUUUAUCCAUAUACACAUAAUGUAACGUUUAGAUUCGUAGUAUGUGUAACAUGUUAGCGUGGCAGCUCAGUACCGAUCGCUGUCGUUAGUUUAUUGGGUCCCACUUUAAGAUACAAUUAUAGUCAGCUUAAGGUUUGAUAUAACUAUAUACAACGUGUGUCAUUUCCUAUUAUCUAAUACAGUAAAUAUAUGAUUUCAUAAUCAAUUUGUAAUUUUAUACAUUUUUUAUGAAAUAAAGUGACACAUCAGCGUGACUGGAGGUUGCUCCAAAUAUAAAUUUACAGUAAAAAUUUGUGAGACAUUCCAUAUCAAAUGCUCCAUUAUAUUCUAGUUUACUAUGAUGGAAGAUCGUAUACGUAUCCGUGUGUAGUAAGUACCACCUAAUGCUGUUAUAUUUAAAUUCCUUUAGUUUUAUUUAUACUUUACGUAACCCUUUAAUUGAUUAACAGGUUUAUGGAAGCGUGAAAGUUCCUUUAAAUAUUAUGUCUAACACCUACCUGUUUGUGACGUCCUAAGGUACCCUAAUUUGCUCACUAUGGCUAUUUGAGAAUUGUAUGAUAACUAAAUAUGUUAUUUCAAUUUUAAAUAAACUUAUAAUGUUGAUGUGUGAAUGUCUCUAAUCAAUAAAUUUUUUAAAUGGA